AUGUCGAGAUCAAUGGCGCUAGGGCUCGACCGUACGCCGCUGAUGAGAACCAACGAUACCCACACGCUUUACGCAUCAGCAGCGACCCGGGCAUCAUUCGGUCAUCCGCGUCAACUAUAUAUUUGGCUCGAUCGCGUUUGCAUACUUCGACCCGCGCUCUCGGACGAGACGGGACAUGACACUUCCGUCGACGAACUCAGUUUGCUCAGACGUCUCAACCUGCCACCUGGGAGCAUUGCUCUUGGUAUUGGUAUGCCUGCCGCCACUGAUCUCGGCUACGUUUCGCUCAUCAACGCUAGAGACCAAGGUCCUCCACCUAUGCUCAACGUUUCUCUAGAAGCCGUUUACUACUACUACGGCAAAGAGCUCGGCGUAACAGAGGCCCUCAACCUUACUAAAGCCAACUGCUGUCCCGUCGAACACGCCGUAAAAAGCCUUAAACCCUUUUGCAGCUUCCCUAUCGGCGUGAUCCGCACUCGACGUAUCGCCUACUAA